AUGUUACCACCGAAGAUUGCAAAAAAGAAAAAGAUUCAAAGCACCAGCACUGUAAAACAAUCGACUACAAGUUAUGGGAAGCAGAAGAAAUAUGCAACAUUAGGGACAUAUUUCAUGCAGAGAACAACUCCUGGUGCUCAAAAGUCUCUUCAGAAUUGUUGGCAAAGGAAGGAAGCAGUUGAACGGUGUGAUCUUGCUUUAGCGAAGUGGAUGAUUGAUGCAUGUGUGCCAUUUAAUGCUUUUAAUUCUGUGUAUUAUCAGCAUGUCAUAGAUGCUGUAACAGCCAUGGGUCCUGGUUAUAAAGGACCAAACUUGCAUGCUAUUCGUGGUUAUUACUUGGCAAAAGCGGUUGAUGAAGUCAAGAUUUAUGUUGUGACUUAUCGAGAGAUUUGGAAGAAGACUGGUUGCACAUUAAUGGCUGAUGGAUGGACAGAUCAGAAGAGGAGGACUUUAAUUAACUUCUUAGUAUAUUGUCCUAAAGGAACAGUUUUUUUGAAAACCGUGGAUGUAUCAGAUGUCUCAAAGACUGCUAGAUUGUUGUAUCAGUUGUUUAAAGAAGUUGUUUUGUAUGUUGGGGUAGAAAACAUUGUGCAUAUGGUGACUGAUAAUGCUGCAAAUUAUGUUGUUGCUGGCAAGUUAUUGAUGGAAGAAUUUCCUUCAAUAUUUUGGUCUCCUUGUGCUGCUCAUUGCAUCAACCUCAUACUCCAGGACAUUGGUAAAUUGCAGUCAGUUUGUUGUGUUGAUGAGCAUGCUUCUGGUAUCACAAAGUACAUUUAUAAUCAUUGUUAUCCAUUAUAUUUGACGAGGAAGUUAACUGGAGGAAAAGAAAUACUUCGUCCAGCUCCUACUCGUUUUGCUACUAAUUUCAUUGCAUUGCAAAGCAUUUUAGCUCAUAAAGAUGAGUUGAGAGCUAUGGUGACAUCGAGGGAAUGGAUCUCAUUUGCUUAUGCUAAAGAUAGCAAAGGAAAAAAGUUUGUUGUGAGUGUGCUAGACUCUCUGUUUUGGGAAGAAUGUGCAAUAAUUGUGCGAAUUAGUGAGCCUUUAAUUCGAGUUCUACGAAUGGUUGAUGGUCAUGAUAGACCUUCGAUGGGAUAUUUGUAUAAUGCUAUUCAUCAUGCAAAAGAAGAAAUGAUGAGGAGAUUUCAAAAGAGAAAGGCUAGAGUGAAACCUUUCAUAGACAUUAUCAAUAAUCGGUGGGAUGGACAAUUUUAUAGAAAUCUUUAUACAGCGGCAUUUUGGUUGAAUCCUCGAUUUCAAUAUGAUGCAAAUAUAAUGGAUAAACAUAUGAGCACCAUUUCUGGACUUCUAGAUGUUCUUGAGAAGUAUGCACAUGGAAAUCUACCAUUGCAAAGUAAGAUUACAAGUGAGAUGAAGUUAUUUAGGAAUGUUGAACAUGACUUUGGUCGAGUGUCCGCAAUAAAUAAUCGCACCCUUAUGCCUCCAGUAGAAGAUGACCCGUCAAUCUUGACAACUGAAGAAGCAGAGAGUUUUCACCAAGCUCUAUCAACUAUGACCAUACAAGAUACUUUAGAUGAUGAUGAUUGUGAAGAUGAAGUUUCAAAGGAGCAUGCUGAUGAUUUAUUAGGUGUUGACGAGAUUGACUCAAUUCCAUCAACAUUUGAUCCAAAUUUUGCUCCUAUGGACACAGAAGAACUUAAUGUGUUAAUUCAACAAAAGUGA